GCUGCGCGCGGCGCUAAGGGCGGAAGUCAAUUCCGGCCGGGCCGGGCCGGGCAAAGGGGCGGGGCCCGGCGGCGACCUCGACUGCGUCUGCGCACUGAGCCGCGGGCCGGGCCGGGGGCCGGAGAGGCUGCUCAGUGCUCCUUCCUGGGCCGCAUCAUGAAGAUCUGGACCUCGGAGCACGUCUUCGACCACCCAUGGGAGACUGUGUCGACGGCCGCCAUGCAGAAGUACCCGAACCCCAUGAACCCCAGUGGUGGCGUGGACGUGCUGCGCAGGCAUGUGGAUGCCUCGGGGAAGCUGCACAGCCUGCGCCUGCUCAGCACCGAGUGGGGCCUGCCAGCCAUCGUCAAGUCUCUUAUUGGUGCGGCGAGAACCAAAACAUACGUACAAGAACAUUCUGUAGUUGACCCUGUUGAAAAAACGAUGGAGCUGAAAUCCACCAAUAUUUCAUUUACAAAUAUGGUAUCAGUAGAUGAAAGACUUAUAUACAAACCACAUCCUCAACACCCAGAAAAAACGAUUCUCACGCAAGAAGCCAUCAUCGCUGUGAAGGGCGUCAGUCUCAGCAGCUACCUCGAAGGCCUGAUGGCGUCCACCAUCUCCUCAAAUGCCAGCAAAGGUCGUGAAGCAGUGGAAUGGGUCAUUCAUAAAUUAAAUGCUGAGAUUGAAGAAUUGGCAGCUUCGGCAAGAGGAAGCAUUAGAACACCCAUGGCGGCGGCCGCGGCGUUUGCAGAGAAAUGAUACUCGGCCAUGGCAGCCUUUUCCCCGGGCGUCAGCAAACUGGCGAUGUAUUUAUUUGUUCUUUGAGAAAGGACAACUAUGUUGUAGUUUUUAAGAAAAAGAAAUUUCU